AUGGAGAACGAUUACAGGGUGAUGAAUAUUGUUUCUCUGGAGAUGGAUCGUGAUGAUGCGGCUGAGUCGACUCUAUCGAACUCGUUCGAUUCCGGUCUUACGGUUGAUAACUCGCGUGGUGAUGCAGAUUCGAAACUGGAUGGUUGGACGAAUGAGAGACACAACUCGUAUCUUGAUUAUUUAGAGAACUCGUUUGUUACGCAACUGUAUUCAUUGCUUGGAGGAGGAGGAGAGACUCAGAGAUUGUCUAGAACUCGUGAUGUGAAGUCUAACUCUCAGAAAUCGACUCAUCAGUUUACGGUACUACAAAAUGGAUGGUUGCACAAGGUUAACUUUGGAAACAAACGAGCUCAUUUGGGGAAAAAUUCAUCGCGAAGCAAUCCUGCAAGUCCCAAUGGAGAUUACACCAUGGGAACUGCUGUCUUAUGCAAUGAGGAAACCGAACACUCUGGUAAUAGGGCUUAUCCAGCUCAAAGCUCUGCAGAGGCGUCAGGGCAGAAUUUCAGAGAAGAAGAAGAGAAAGGAUGUGAUUCAAAGGUGACCAGAAAACGCAAAAGAGGAGCAAAUUAUGAUGAUAGUUCAUUGAAAGAGGAUCAGGUUGUGCCGUAA